AUGCUUUUGUCAUGGAGCUACGACAGUUGGUUUGAAACAAAUCUUCGAUGUUCCAAGAAAACCUUUUUACGCGUCGCCAACUUCCUACAAUGUCAGGGGGUUCGAUUCGCUGCGGCGAAAUCGAAGCAGCACUGCUAUAACAAAAAGGUCGCUGCUGCGCUUUACUUCAUGGGUUCGACCGGAGGAUACAGGGAGGUUGGAGGUGCAAUGGGUAUGUGUAGGAGCUACGUUUCAGAAAUUACUGCAGAAGUUGUUCGAGUUCUAAGGGCUGCAGCUCCCCAAAUUGUGGCAUUUCCACGGGACCAAGGCGGUUGGGAUGCAAUCGAGUCAGAAUUUGCGGCGCGACAUGGGUAUCCUGGUGUCGUAGGUGCAAUUGAUGGAUCUCUAAUUGAAGUCGAGCGUCCCUACGAGUUUGAUGGUUUUUAUUGCCGCAAGUGCUACCCGGCGUUGAAUGUGCAAGCGAUCGUCACCAGUGAUAAUGUUUUCUUGAGUGCUGAAGUUCGUCCUGGCUCCUGGUCGGAUCGAAAGUGCUGGCAGUAUAGCAAAAUUGGUCGAACGGUAUACAGUACGAUACCACCAGGAGCUCAUUUUAUUGGUGACGCUGGAUACGCAUUACUGCCUGGACUUAUAGUACCGUACAGUGAUCGGGAAGAGGGUGGAGAGCUGUCACCCAGACAGAGACAAUUUAACUUUUUGCACUCAAGUACUCGCAUGGCUGUAGAGAGCACCUUUGGAAUUUGGAAAGGUCGUUUCAGAAUACACCACUGA